AUAAAGUGACAGUGAUUUUUAUUAUAGUUAAAUUAAUACGUAACAUAAGGUAAGAUUUACUGGUAGUCAAAUUAGUGAUAACAAUUUUCGCAUGGGAUAAAAAAAUAUAACAUCUUUAAAGUUAUCGGUACUUAGGUGACAUAACACCUUACAUCUAAUACCAUGGGUAAAAUUGAGGAUGGUGCUGUUAAAGAAAAAGAUCCAAACAAAUGCUGCUCUUGUCGCGAUGUCCUUUGGUACCUAGUUUUCGGAGGAUUCGCAGUAAACUACAUGGUUCGUUUGAACCUAAACAUAGCUAUAGUAUCGAUGGUCCGACCUAAACCUAAGGACAAUGUUUCUUUAACAAGUGAAUGCGUGGCGUUAAGCCCAGUACAAAGUGAUAUUAGGAAUAUUUCAUUUUUGAACCUCACAGAUAAUGUAAACAUAACCUCACAAAAUAUAAUAAAUUCUUCAUUAUUCGAAAAUCCGUCUGAGCAACAAUACUUCGACUGGAAUGAGAGAGAACUUGGGCUUAUCAUAGGAAGCUUUUUCUGGCUCCAUUGGAUAACGCAAAUUCCUGGAGGCAUCCUGGCAAAUAAAUUUGGAACCAAGAAGGUCUUUGGACUGUCAAAUUUUGUAGGUGUUUCGGCAAACUUUAUAAUUCCAUGGUUUGCACACAGAGGAGCGCUGUCUCUUAUUUUCAUUAGAAGUAUACAAGGGUUGUGUUUGGGUUUUUGUUGGCCGUCUAUGCAUAACAUGGUCUCAAAAUGGAUUCCUCCAAAUGACAGGAGUAAAUUUAUAUCAGCUUAUAUGGGAAGUUCAUUUGGGGCUGCCAUGACAUACCCACUUUGCGGCCUUAUUAUCGAAAUGUGGGGUUGGGAAGCGGCAUUUUACGCUUGCGGGGUGCUUGGUACUAUUUGGUUUCUUGCUUGGUGGUUUUUGGCACACGACAGUCCUUCUGACCAUCCUCGAAUAUCUGAUGAAGAAAAGAAUUACAUUAUUACCAGUAUUGGAAAGAGCUUGUCUGCUAAAAAGCCUCCCACCCCAUGGAAAGCCAUAUGGACCGAUAUUUCGAUGUGGGCAAGUUGUAUUGCCCAGAUCGGUGCCAAUUGGGGCUUAUUUACUUUAAUGGUUAAUGGACCGACCUAUUUUAAGUUUAUACAUGGAUGGGACAUCCGAUCGACAGGAUUCCUUUCUGGGAUGCCCCACAUUUUUAGAAUAAUCUUUUCGUAUAUUUUCUCUAUGUUUGGAGAUUUCCUACUUCGCACAGAAAAAUUAAGUAGAUCCAAUGUCAGGAAAUUGGCAACUCUAUGCUGUAACGGUCUGCAAGGAGUGUUUAUGCUGGCGUUGGCCUAUUCUGGAUGCGAUAAGAUGACUGCCAUAGCAAUGUUAUCUUUAGCUGUUGCCGUCAAUGGAGCUGUUUCGACUGGUGCCCUUGCUACUCUAGUAGACAUCAGUCCAAAUUAUUCAGCUAUAUUACUCGGUAUAGUCAAUUCUGCCGUGGCACUUGUUGGAUUCUGCACGCCAGCUGUAGUAGGAUUCUUUACAUUCCAAAAUCAAACAACGGCUCAAUGGCAGAAGGUCUUUUGGGUGUGUACAGUUUUCCUGAUCUCCACUUGCCUUUUCUUCGUACUAUUUUCAAAAGCUGAAGUAGCCUCCUGGAAUAAUCCGGUCCAAUCCAUACCAGAAACAGAAAUGAUGGUUAUUACCAGGGAUGGCGAGGAAAAAAAGAAGGAAAAGGAUAUGAAUGAGACUGAGAAAAUUACUUAUAAUGACGAAUCUUAUUAGUUCUAUUAAUGAGUAUUUGUUUUGUAUAUAUUUAAUACUCAUGAUUAUUAUACAGUAUGCUUGUUGUAUAUAUUAAUAUAUAAGGAUUGUAAAUAUAGUAUAGACACAAAA